CUCACCACAAAGAAAAUGUGGGAAACCAACCAAAAAGAUACAGAUUUCCUCUUUAACAUCGUCAUCAAUGACUCUUUCUUGGUACAAUCGUCAUUGAUGACUCUAAUCUCAAACCUAUAUAUAUAUUUACUUAUCCUCUUUCAAUUUUUGUGUGUAUUGUUGUAAACUAAACAAUCAGAUUCAAUCAUCAAACAUGGCACAAGUUAACAACAAGCAAGUGAUUUUUAAGGACUAUGUUUCUGGUUUUCCUAAAGAAUCCGACAUGAUCAUAGUUGACAGUACUAUAACUCUUAAGCUUCCAGAAGGUUCCAAUGAUGUUGUUCUUGUCAAAAAUCUUUACUUGUCUUGUGAUCCUUAUAUGAGGACUCUUAUGAGCAACCCAAAAUACUCUUUCAAUCCUCGUGCCUACACUCCUCAAUCUCCAUUAGCUGGUUAUGGUGUGUCGAAAGUUCUGGAAUCUGGACACAAAGAUUAUAAGGAAGGUGAUUUAGUGUGGGGAUUUACUAAUUGGGAAGAGUAUAGUAUUCUCCCUGCAGCUCAAAUACUUUUCAAAAUCGAGCACACUGAUGUUCCUCUUUCCUACUAUACAGGAAUUCUCGGUAUGCCAGGAAUGACUGCUUAUGCUGGUUUCUUUGAAGUAGGCACUCCCAAAAAAGGAGAGAAUGUUUUUGUUUCAGCUGCCUCUGGUGCAGUUGGUCAACUUGUUGGCCAAUUCGCUAAAUUGCAUGGUUGCUAUGUCGUUGGAAGUGCUGGAAGUAAAGAGAAGAUAGAUCUGUUGAAGAAUAAAUUUGGAUAUGAUGAAGCCAUUAACUACAAAGAAGAGCAAGACCUUAAUGCAGCAUUGAAAAGGCAUUUUCCAGAAGGCAUUGACAUUUACUUUGAGAAUGUUGGAGGAAAGACGCUUGAUGCUGUACUCCUGAAUAUGAAACUCAAUGGCCGUAUACCUUUGUGUGGAAUGAUAUCACAGUAUAAUCUUACGCAACAUGAAGGUGUCACAAAUUUGGCGCAUCUCAUAUAUAAGCGGAUCCGUAUGCAAGGUUUUGUUGUAGUUGAUUACUAUCAUCUAUACACCAAAUUCUUGGAGUUUUUACUGCCUCAUAUCAGAGAAGGGAAGGUUGUGUAUGUGGAAGACAUAGCUGAGGGACUAGAGAAAGGUCCUGCAGCUUUGCUUGGCAUCUUUAACGGUCACAAUGUUGGUAAACAAGUUGUUGUUGUUGCUCGUGAUUAGGGGUGUCAAUUGAGUGCAUUUAUCUGUCAUCCACUGCAGAAUAAAAUUGUUAAUGGAUUGAUACGCCGCUGGGGUUUGCAAUACAUAUAGGGUGCAUUGGUAGGGGAGGUCAUGUGUUUGUUGUUGUGUCAACCUGUUCAAUAUAUAUGUAGUUUUUUUUAAAAAAAAAAAUUAAUGAAAUUUUUUUAAUUUUGUAAGUUGAGGAUUAUAAUUUAAGCCCUUAUGUCAUAAAAUAGCUUUGCAUUCUUGGGGAAACAAUUUGUUGUGUCCUCUAACAUUUAAAAUAGACAACAUAUUGCACAAUGUUAGUGUUUUAUGAAAUCCUUUUACUA